UGAUGUGACCCCUCUAAACUCUAGGCACCAGGAAACGAACACACCCUUAGUCUUUUAUGUUCUCUACAGUUGUACAGAAGAUUCCACUCUGGGUAUCAAUCAGUAAAUAGUGCACAUGUGUGGUUGGUGAGGGUUUCAUUAUGAUUUAGGACAAGAGUUGGCAUCAGCUUCCUAACUUUGACUGCCUAGGCUUUGAAGGUUUUCUACUACCUUGAUUCGGUUGAUACAGCAGCAUUGAAACAGACAUCUUGUGUUUCUUACUCCUCAAUCUAUAGCUGUAAAUUUUCCAUUCCGGGUUAUAUUAUAUGGUUCAUGUCUCAAUUAUUUUGUUGCUCUUAGUUGACCAUGUAUUAGAAUACUGUGGUUGCUUAUCCCUAGUUAUUCUGCAGAUCAUGUUCCUGUCCAUGGGCUACAUGUACUCAGCCCUCUCGGCUUCCCAUGUCUGACCUUAGUUGUGUAAGUUAGAAGAAGGAUACAGAUAGAUUGAGUGAGAAUGGAGAUGGAACUUUCAGAUCUAAUAAGAGCAUCAGGCUGUUUGGUUACAGCACUACAGCUUAGCACCUUUUUUGUUUAUGCAUCUGGCAUUAUUUUUUAUGUGGGGGUUAAAGGAAAGAGGUUUGGUGGUGUGUCAUGUACUCAUGUUAACCAUUAUGAUUAAUGGAAGUUUGGUGGUGGGCUCAUGUGUAGCAUGAGCACUUUGCUUUGUUAGUCCAACUGACACCUCCACAAUUAUUCUGAUAACUGACCAAACUUGACACGGUUAUUUUUUUUUUGAAGGGAGAGGGGUGGGGUAGAUCUAAUUUUGUGGCUUUGUGGUAAGGGGUUUAUAAGGAGCUGACCCUCCCUCUGCAUACAACUCGCAGGCAGCUUCUCUGCAUACAAGAGGUUGCCUCCAUCUCUUCUCUAGUAGUGCCUUCUCAAAGAUCUUCCUAAACUUCUUGAAAUCUGCAGGUUGUUCAGUAAACUGACAAGAUGGUGAAGAUCUGCUGCAUUGGAGCUGGCUAUGUUGGUGGCCCUACAAUGGCUGUCAUUGCCCUCAAGUGCCCAUUAAUUGAGGUUGUUGUUGUUGACAUCUCCAAGCCUCGCAUUGAAGCUUGGAACAGCGACCAGCUCCCAAUCUAUGAGCCUGGUCUUGAUGAUGUUGUGAAGCAGUGCAGGGGCAGGAACCUCUUCUUCAGCACUGAUGUUGAGAAGCAUGUUGCUGAGGCAGACAUCAUUUUUGUCUCGGUUAACACUCCUACCAAGACCCGUGGGCUUGGAGCAGGCAAGGCUGCCGAUCUCACCUACUGGGAGAGUGCUGCUCGUAUGAUUGCUGAUGUCUCCAGGUCAGACAAGAUCGUUGUUGAGAAGUCCACUGUCCCAGUAAAGACAGCAGAGGCUAUUGAAAAGAUUUUGACUCACAAUAGCAAGGGCAUCAACUACCAGAUUCUCUCAAACCCAGAGUUUCUUGCGGAAGGCACAGCAAUCGAGGACCUCUUCAAGCCUGACAGAGUUCUCAUUGGUGGCCGGGAGACCCCUGAGGGCAGGAAGGCCGUUCAGGCUCUUAAGGAUGUGUAUGCCCACUGGGUUCCUGAGGACAGGAUCCUCACCACCAACCUGUGGUCUGCCGAGCUCUCCAAGCUUGCUGCGAAUGCAUUCUUAGCGCAGAGGAUCUCCUCCGUGAAUGCCAUUUCUGCACUCUGCGAGGCCACUGGUGCCAAUGUAUCUGAGGUGGCUUACGCCGUUGGGAAGGACUCGAGGAUUGGCCCCAAAUUCCUGAACGCCAGUGUUGGCUUUGGUGGGUCCUGCUUCCAGAAGGACAUCCUGAACUUGGUGUACAUCUGCGAGUGCAACGGCCUCCCUGAGGUGGCCAACUACUGGAAGCAGGUCAUCAAGAUCAAUGACUACCAGAAGAGCCGGUUUGUGAACCGUGUUGUUUCCUCCAUGUUCAACACUGUUGCUGGCAAGAAGAUCGCCGUUCUUGGUUUUGCCUUCAAGAAAGACACCGGUGACACGAGGGAGACCCCAGCCAUUGAUGUGUGCAAGGGCCUGCUGGGUGACAAGGCUAAGAUCAGCAUCUAUGACCCCCAAGUUACUGAGGAUCAGAUCCAGCGGGACCUCGCCAUGAACAAGUUCGACUGGGACCACCCGAUGCACCUGCAGCCUACAAGCCCCAGUGCUGUGAAGCAGGUGAGCGUGGUCUGGGACGCAUACGAGGCCACCAAGGGUGCCCAUGGCCUCUGCAUACUCACGGAGUGGGAUGAGUUCAAGACCUUGGACUACCAGAAGAUCUUCGACAACAUGCAGAAGCCAGCUUUUGUCUUCGAUGGGCGCAACAUUGUUGACGGCGAGAAGCUCAGGGAGAUUGGCUUCAUCGUCUACUCCAUUGGCAAGCCACUUGAUGCUUGGCUCAAGGAUAUGCCCGCUGUUGCUUAAUUCCCCAGAUUUCGAUCGCAAGCGUGCCACUUGAACUGCAGGAAGUCUAUCAAGAAGAGGAAUUGUUUGACAAUUCUUUAUAGUUUGCUUUUGUUGGAGGCACGACAAUUUUCUCUCAGGCAAAAAAUUGGAUGUUAGUAUCUCCAUUUAUGUUUGAAUGGUCGUGGCAGCCAUAGCCCAGUGGCCUGAUGUAUUCAUGUUCAUCGUUCCUUGUUUAUUCAUUUACCUUUUGGCUUCUGCUCCAUCACCAAAUAUAAGCUAGUUUAUGUUACCUAGUACUUUGCAAAGAUAUGUUCACUCCUAGCUAUGCCUUCUUAUGUUCAUACAUUUGUCUUUGUUCAGUCUAUGCAUGCUUCCUCUGUGCGAACACUAA